AAAAAUAUAGAAAUAACAACAGUAUAAAAGUAUAUAUAAAAAUAUUUAUAGAUGUAAACAACAACAAACCAGUCCAGUGAUAUCUGUAAACAAUUUGUCAGUGCAGACUUCAACACAUUUGGAUCCAACUUACUAACUUAUAUCAGCUGAACAUGGAACUAACAUCCAACUGAAACAAAUACCCACUCAUGUUUGUAAUGUUUGUGUGAAAGAUACAAAGUUUAACCCUUGAAUGUCUAAGUGUCUGGACCCUCCACUCUAACAUAACUGGGUCAAAAUAACUCGGGUUCAAAUCAAUGUGUUUUUAUGACACACUUGUCAUUUGGUCUUGUUAAAAAUAAUCGUUUAUAUUAUAUUUUGGUUCACAAAGAAAGACUUCAUGGUUGAAUUUUUUUUUUUUUUUCAUUUAUUAACAUUUUUUAAAAUUUUAAACUGUUUUGUUUUAUAUUUAGAAAAUUUGAAAAGCAAAGUUCAGAAAGCAUAUAAUAUAUAACAGAACUAGAACAGUGUCAACAUCCAUUUAGUGAGUGAGUGAAUCCUUUGGCUUUGCUGUUGACUGAAUCAAAGGUUCAGAUAUAAUUAUAUUGUAAAUGAAUGCGUGUCAUUUUGACCCACAUAUGGAACCUUUGGGUAGUAAUACAAAAACUACAAUUACAUAAAAUCUAGUUAUAAAUUUAAACUCAAGUUAUAAAUUUAAAUGACAUGAUGUCAAUAACUUAUUUUUUGUAGAAUAACUGGAAUAUGAAAAAAUAACAGUGUUUUAUUCCAAAGAUAUUGGAAUAAAACAACUUCAGUGCAUCAUUUUGACCCAAGUAUGUAUCUAAGGGUUAAAGGAGUAAGUGAUGGUUCCAGUGUAGAAAAGUCAACACAUAGACAUUUUCUGCCUUUUUGUCCUCGUCUCCUCUGUUGUUUGUGUUGAUCCUAGUGACAUAUGUAUCAUAAUAAGCAUCUGUGUGAAACACAACAGUGGAACCAAUGUUUAACAGCAGAGAAGUUAAGGAAAUUAAGCUUUGAUUCAAGAAAACUAUAAUAAUUGUUUUAAUCAGUUCGAGUCGAUUAAUUGAUGAAUCAUUUCAUCCUUAGAUUUUGAACUGUGUUUUAAAGCAGGAUGAGCAUGAGUGCAGUUUUGAACAGUGAAUGAAUGGAAUACUGUGUAUUAUGAUGGAGGAACAGAAUGAAUAUGUGCAUGAACAGGGGCAGAGAAACCAUAAAACACCAGUUUAAACCACAGUUUAAGGUACAUCCAGUUGUCCUUCAGCCUUUUGUCCUCAUGGGCAUAAUAAUAAAACAUACAAUACUCAAUAAGAAUCCUCCAAAAGCAGGACAAGGGGGUGUCUGCCCCCAGGCCGUCUCCUUUGAAGCUAUUGAUCACAGUUCACAUUGACUUUGAUCUGAACUGAGCAUCACAAUAGCAACACACACACACGCACACACACACUGGCUCUGCUCUGGGAAUGAUACCUCAUCUAAAAGGAAUACUGUAUUCUAUACACUUAUUAACAUACAUUACAUUUUUUUUGUUUUUAAUUUGAUGAAUUUACAAUACAGUGUAUCAUUAUAUAUGAGACAUUGGGCGUUAAAGUAGAAAUCACAUUUUACUACAAGAGACCAAAGUAUUGAAUAUUCACUCUCAAACAUUAGAAAAGAAAAGAAAAGAAAAGAAAAGAAAAGAAAAGAAAAGAAAAGAAAAGAAAAGAAAAGAAAAAGAAUAUUUUGUUGUGAAUGAUUGAAGAAUUGCAUUUUUUUUUAUGGUGGUCUCUGAUUCUUUCACUCAACUAUUUCCUCUACAAGGAUCAGGGAAAACUGAUAUUAGAAAAUACAUUUAUGCUAAAUGUACUUAAAUGUUAAAGCAUUGGUAUGUAUUUAUAUAUAAAAAUUCCUUAAAUAAUAAAAUACAGGUUCCAGGGAAAAGAGGAAAAGGUGGAAGAAAGAAAGGAAGUAAAACAGUGGGUGCGUCAGUGAGGGGAGAGAGAGAGAGAGAGAGAGAGAGAGAGAGAUCUGAGUCAGAAAUAAAGAGGCAGGAUUUGGACUGAACAGGACAUAAAGUGGACUCUUAGUGGACUUGGUGUCUGUUCAGAGGCUGAUUCUGAACUCUGUGGUCGAUCAGCGGGGUUUGGUUUUUGGUUUUCAGUUUGAUGGGACACUUCACCGACGCUUUAACGUUCGGUACAAAGCUCUUGCAGAACCAGACUGGACUGGUACCGGUGCCACAGUUAUUUUACUUUUGAAAUGUUUAUCAUUUUUAUUUGAAUCUUGUUUUGGAUUUUCAGUCAGUUUUCAUGAGUGUUUUGUUUUUCUGUUUGAAUCAUUACUGAGUCUUAUCGAUUAUAUGACGUUUACAGAACCAGUGUUCAUUACAGAUUAGUGGUACAUAUUUCAGUAGUUUUAUAGUAAAAUUGGUCCCCGUGUCUUUGGACGCUUUUUGGAUUAUCCUCAUUUGACUCAACAUGAACUGGUUUUGAGUCUUUUUCCAUCUUCCAACGGGUGCUGUUCUGGAUGAUCUAAGUUCUGCUGCCUCUCACUUUGUGAACAACCAGUCUAAAUCUGACUGGACUGGCCCAGAACUCCAUGGUUGGUGCCGCUCCGGGUCCUGUUCUGGGAUCUGGAGUGAUGGUGGCUGGGCAGAGGCCCCGCUGCCUGCUGGGAAUCCGGGUUAAGGCUGGCUUCUCUGUGGAAGGAACCAGGAACAUGGGGAAACAGGUGGAGGAGCCCAGCACCAAACGCAGUAAACCCGUGUCCAGGGUGACGUCUCUGGCCAACCUGCUGCCACCCGUCAAGACCGCACCGCUGAAGAGGAUUGGUCAGACGCUGCAGCGUUCUAUCAGUUUUCGUACUGACAGUAGGACGGAGAGAGCUGCUCCUCCUCCUUUCUCAUCGACAAUGAAGACACGUGUUAUCUCGGCCACAGUGUCGAACCUUCCUCCUCUGCUGACGUCAACGCGAGCAUCCACAGCAGCGGCCUCAACCACCAAACGGCGCGACAGCAAACUGUGGAGUGAGACAUUCGACGUCCAUCUGGGAGCAACACCAGCACUGAGUCCACGAGACAUCAAACGACAGGAGGCCAUAUUCGAGUUGGCUCAGGGUGAACAGGACCUGGUGGAGGAUUUGACGUUGGCCAAGAAGGUCUACCAUGACCCCAUGCUGACGUUGUCCAUCAUGACUGAGCAGGAACUGAACCAGAUCUUCGGGACUUUAGACUCUCUCAUCCCACUGCAUGAAGACUUGCUGAGGUGCCUUCGUGAUGCCAGAAACCCAGAUGGGACUACAGACCAUGUUGGACACAUCCUGACUGACUGGCUGCCCUGUCUGUCCUCCUACACGCCGUACUGCAGCAACCAGGUCAAAGCCAAAGCCCUGUUGGAUCAGAAGAAGCAGGACCGGCGGGUUCAGGACUUUCUGCAGCGCUGCCUUCAAUCGCCCUUCAGCAGGAAACUGGACCUGUGGAACUUCCUGGACAUCCCCCGCAGCCGCCUCGUCAAAUACCCCUUAUUGCUCAGGGAGAUCCUGAAGCACACGCCCAAUGACCACCCAGACUGGCAGCUGUUGGAUGAGGCGAUGCAGAUGGUUCAGAGUGUGGUGGCCGACAUCAACAGACAGACCGGAGAGUCGGAGUGUCAGUAUUACAAAGAGCGGCUGCUGUACACAGAGGACGGACAGAGGGACGUCCUCAUUGAGCGCUCCAGGACACUCAGCUGCCACGGUGAACUGAAGAACAACAGAGGCGUGAAACUCCACGUCUUCCUUUUCCAGGACAUCCUGGUCAUCACCCGGUCCGUGUCUAUCAACGACCAGCCCGUCAGCUACCAGCUCUGCCGACAGCCAAUCCCCAUCCGGCAGCUGGACCUGGAGGACCUAUCAGAUGGAGAGAUGAGGAUGGGCGGGUCCAUCAGAGGAGCCUUCAGUAACAAUGAGAGGACCAAGAACUUCUUCCGGGUUUCAUGUGGUGCUGGAGCUCAUCUGCAGAGUCACUGCUUCCAGGCCAGCGACGCCUUCAACAAACAGCAGUGGAUCAACUGUAUCCGCCAGGCCAAAGAGGCAGCAGAGCAGAGCGGAGACCAGUCCAUCAGCACCAGGGCACCAGGGAAUGGACAUGAAGUAGAGAAAGAUGAGGAGGACAUGGAUGGAGAUGCAAGGGAGGGAAGACGUAUGUGUUCAGGCGGAGAAGAGGGUCUGAAAGACAAGGAGAUGAGGAUGGGUGGAGGAAGGAGGGCUGAUGAGGAAGAUGGAGGAGAUUGGAAGAUGAAGAUGGACAUAGGAGAAGGAGGAGGAGGAGACGACACUAACCAUGAAGGUCCUUCUGCCUCCACCUGUGAAGAGGAGGCGUCAAUGGAGGAGGGGGAAGAGGAGGGGGAGGAGCUUAGUCUCAGGUGCUGACAUGAGGACCAGUCAAUACAGGACAAGACUCCAACAGCCAUUGAUGAUGUGAGUGAAAAGGACUGUCCAUGUCCCAGUCCUUCAGCAUCCCCUUGGGUUUAUUUAGGCAUUAAUGACUCAUAUUUACUGCCUUCAUUUACAAAUAUAUCUGUCAAUUUAAAACAUGAAAUUAUCAACAGAAUUUUGCAGUCAAGAAAUUCACACUUUGUCAUAAAGAUAGUGAAGUGCAGCUUAUUUUUGUGCAGAGAAGCUCAGUGUGGACGCCAUCAUGUGUCUCUGAUCCACGUAACCACUGCCUUUAUUUUAUUUCACCUCCUACUGGAGGACUGAAAAAAGCAUCAAAACAGGUGAAAGUCACAUCGGUCACAUGGAAGCUGCAGCUUCAAAAGCUCUGGGCCAUUUGUGCAUUCUUUGUAAUCACAUAUUUUCACAGUCUGAUACAGUUUUACAACAAACUGUGACUUUGUUGAAUUCUCUCUUAUAAAUAUUGUCUGAAUUAAUGAAUGUGUAAUUGACGUCAUAAUCCAAAUGAGAUCUAAACUGAUUUGACUACUGUACAGAUAGAGACAAUUCUAAUGAACUGUACUGUGUUUUUCUGACAUGAGAUUCUGUGGUGGGACCUUGGUUCUCUUUAGAGGGACCUGGUCUCCCCAUGGGUUCUUAUUUUGCAAAAAAAAUAUUAUGUACAGUACAUCAACUUGAGAGACUGAGUUAACCUUCAAACAUCCAGUCUUUUCACAGAACCUUCAUGUUGAGUGACAGUUCAGGGACCAAGGGUUAGGCUCCACCCACUACUACAGUAUUAAAAUGUAUAAGCUUUGCCACCUAGUGUCAACACUGGUGUGGUGUUUUAGGAUCCUUAAAAUAGAGACUUUUAAACACUGCUAACGCUGCUUUAGUUUGACAACUCCAGGGUUGUUUUGUUUUGUGGACAGACACAAACACUGAAUACAUCUGGGCUGAAUACAUCUGAUCAGUCCCCGGAUCCUUAACUCAUUUUUACUGCCGUUAUCAUGCGCAAAAGAUGAUACAAUUAUUUCCUUAAAAGUUUUUUUGUUUUGUUUUGGGGGGUUUUUAACCCUGUCCUGUUCAGCAAUUUGGUCUCCAAUAUAAGUGUACUAGGGCCACGAGUUGCUUGACAGUUUAGAUGUAAGAGGGUUUUGAACCUUAGGUCAGUUCCACCUAUUGGUUGGAUUUAAUUAUUUUAUUACUGUAUGGAUGUUACCUGAUGGGAGAACAGGACAGGGGUUAUACACAAACAAACAUUGAUACAGACCCUGAAACAAAUAAAGCGGCAGGCCAAAACAGAACAGUAACAACAACAAUAAACAGUAACAACAACAGUAGAAGAAUAUCAGUGAAUUUGAAGAACAAAAUAGUCCAAUAUCACAAUAACCAGGUGCAAAAAGAAAAAUAAAGAUAGCAACAGAAUAACAUAGGUGACUUUGAGGUUAAAUUGCUCAAGGGCAGUGCAACUCCAAGGGUAACAACAAUCAAUUGUAGAUGUACAUCUGGAUGCAAGUUUGAGUGUGUGUUAGUAGGUGUGCAUGGAUAUGUGCAUGGGAAGUUGUGACUGCACCUGCCCACCAUCACCAGCAGCAGGGCAGGGAUGGCCUGGAUGGCACAGGCCACCACCAACCCACAGACCUCCAAGGACCCAAAACCACUCCCCAUGGCACAGCCCCAUGGCCAGAGCCAGAACUGCAACCACUGAACUGCUAUGAGAUCCCCCUCAUGCAGGGCAAGGGUCCUUGGGCAGGGGCAAUGCAGCCAGCCCCACCCACCCACCCGGCAAGGGGCCAACAGACUAGCAGCGCCAGCCGCGCCCAUAGGCACAGGGCCUGUGCAUGAGGGGCCCACCCCAGCAGGAGGGGCAGAACCUGUACAUGCACCAAGGAGACCAGCCCCCCACUCCCCAGGCACCAUGCCCCACGGGCACAACGUGGCUUGCCGUAGCCCCCCCAGGCUGCCGAACCACCCAACACCAGGGGGACGACCAGACCCGCCCCCACCCACGCCACCCCAUCUAGAACCCCCUACCAGGAAAGUUAGGUCAUAAAACUUAAAAGUUUAAUAACUUAAAAGCUUAAUAAUUAAAUAAGCCUCAUUUAAAUGAAUGACAAAAGACAGUUUUCUCAACACAAAAUAACAUAAAUUGAGAUCUGAUGUUGAGAAACAACAUCAGACCAGUUAAUUGUCAAGGGCAGAAUAUCAGAAGGUCAAAGUGAAAGGACUUGGAUUGAAAUGAUAGAAAUGGAUUGAAUUUGUACAAAACAUUGUGUACAUCAGUUCAUACAUGGCUUAAAUGUACCCUUAAAACUUACAUUUUGGAUUUUAAGACUUAAAAAGAUUGUUUUUUCAAGUGAAAAGUCACAGUUUGUCCUAAUGAUUGUAAUGUACUGUUUAGUUUUGUGUUUAUUAAAAGAGGUGAGAUUCACCCCAGGUUUGUCUAUGUUAAGAGCAUUAUUCAUAAUGUUCCCUGUACUCUAACUGCUGUAUCCGGACUGCUGUUGCCAUGGUAACAUGGUGAUUUGUCAGUCCCUGAAACACUGGCACCAUUCAACAAAAGAUGAUCCAACUAAAGGGGAAGAUCCCAAACUACUGACCAUGACAGUUGAAAGCUUUAUAAAAUAUGGUGCUUUUCUGCCAUCUAGUGGCCAAAAAAA